CACCAUGGGUUGCUCAACCACAACCACCAUUACCUCCGCCACGCUCCCUUCUUAUCCUUCUCCUUCUUCCCCUCUCUCCAAACUCCAACUCCAUUGCCGCUCUCUUCUCUUCUUCUCUAUCACCACCAUCGCUCUUUCUCCCUCCCUCUCUAUAGCCUCACCACCACAAAAACAACUUGACACCACCAUUAUUGAUUGUGUAUUCAUGGACUUAAGUAUCUGCCCUAGCUACUUCUAAACCCGAACCCUAGGAUUAGAUAUCGCCCUCUGUCCUGAUACUGAACCCGUCGGCAGCAUCGUCCUCGGCCUCUACGCCAACCUCGUCCCCAUCACUGUUUCCAAUUUCAAAUCCAUGUGCACCGGUUACUACAAAGGACCGCUAAUUCAUAAGAUCUUUCUUGGUUGGUUUUUAUGACGGGAUAUCAAGGACGGAGGGAUAAAGGAGAAGUAAAGCCGCUGGUAGGUUUUGUUAGACAUAAAGAGAGUAUCGACCCUAUGGUUUUCAAGUUAGGGCACACAAAGGGUGACUUUUAUCGUUAUGCUUAUCGGAAAAUGAUGAUGAUGAUGGUAUUAAACUUGAUCCGAAUUAUCAUAAUGUCGAGUUCAGGAUCACGACUGGCCCUUGGUCCUUGCCCUGAUCUUGAUGGUAGAAAUAUCGUUUUUGGUUCUGUUCUUGAAGCAGGGGGGAAGGCACGCGGGGAAAUCAAGCUCCGAAAUCCCAGUAGGAAAAGCUGCUGGUAUGAAGAAGAGAUCGAAGAGAACUUGAGAUGGUGUUUUGCUCUCAACAGUAUACUACACACAGGAGCCACUCAGUUCCAGGACAUUCAACUUUUGGACACUAAACCCUUCGGGAAGGCUCUAGUUAUCGAUGGAAAGUUGCAAAGUGCAGAGAUCGAUGAGUUCAUCUACCAUGAAUCUCUUGUUCAUCCACCACUUCUACAUCACCCGAAUCCGAAGACCAUAUUUGUUAUGGGUGGAGGUGAGGGUUCAACUGCAAGGGAACUACUUAGACACAAGACUGUGAACAAAGUUGUCAUGUGUGACAUUGAUGAGGAAGUGGUGGAGUUUUGCAAGUCUUAUUUGGCAGUAAACAGUGAAGCUUUCGGUGAUCCAAGACUCGAGUUGAUUAUCAAUGACGCUAGGGUGGAACUUGAAAAGAGAGACGAUAAAUAUGAUGUGAUCAUAGGAGACUUGGCAGAUCCCCUUGAAGGAGGCCCAUGUUACCAACUCUACACCAAGACCUUCUAUGAACUCACUGUUAAACCACGACUCAUGGAGGGUGGCAUUUUUGUCACACAGGCUGGACCAGCUGGUGUAUUUAGCCACACAGAAGUUUUCUCUUGUAUUUUCAACACUCUAAAGCAGGUUUUUAAAUAUGUGGUGCCAUACUCAGCUCACAUUCCUUCCUAUGCUGACAUUUGGGGAUGGGUUAUGGCAUCAGAUUACCCGAUCACACUGAGUCCAGAUGAAUUGGAUUUGAGAAUGAAGCAAAGGAUCAAUGGCGAGAAUAGAUAUCUUGAUGGCAAAACAUUUGUGUCAGCUUCUACCUUGAGCAAAGCAGUUCGAAAAUCAGGGUGCAGCAAGAUUCAUCUAUGGGCAUGGACACGGUUCAGCUCACAAGCACGAUCAUCAUGCUUGACAAGGGACGAAUUUGUGCACGAAAGAUGAAGCAAAUUCCCUUUAAUUUUGAUGUUUCUUUGUUUACCUUUUCUUUGUAUUUUGUUUCUUUAAUUUUGUAGCCACCAAUGGUAAAUUAAUUUCUAAAUGUUAAUGAACUUCUAUGAAAACGGAUUCACAACCCGAUAUGUUUAACUCGUUAUG